GUGCCUUGCACUCCCUGGAGUUUGAACGCACUGUUAGCAGAGCAAGGAGCACGAUUUGAAAAGCCAAUGCGAUGAAAUUCACCUUGCGCUUCUUACCUCCUUAUCAUUGGACAAAACACACACGCAUCAAUAAAGAGCCUCCGCGUGAUACUGGGCAGCUGUACUACCGCCCUCUUGCGACCCCACGCUGCUCACAUGAGCACUACGCAGAAGUCCAGAAGCAGCUGUGCUCUGUGGGGUAGCCGACAAAACGCAGACGAUCCCACACGUAAGGGACGAUGUCCCUCCGCAGGCUCGGCAUCCUAUCAAAGGUGUUCGCAAGCUGUUACGCAUGUCACCAUUGCUCGAAGCCUAUAUCAACGUGGUGUCUCCCGAUGGGCGAAGAUGCCGACUCCCUCCUCUAGCGUCAGUGGGAUUCCUCUCGCACUGACAGAACUGUAAAUUUCUGUGAUCUCAACAUCACAGCGAUUCAACGCGUCAUGGUCCUUCCGGUCCCAGAGCUGCAGCGUUCCACGACAGGUUCUGGCAGUGUCAAGAUCGUCGAUAAGGAAGAGCUCGAUACCAAGGAGGUCAACGUACGAGAACAGGAUGCCACGCCGUGCGACUUGUAUUCUGAAAUCGACCUCUUCACAUAUCAUGAACGAAACGCUGGGCGUCUGGUGAUUGACGCUGAAGAGGCUAAGAUAGAAUUUGGAGAAGAGAUCGCAAAGCGUCUCAAACUGUCCAAGGAUGGGACAAAGGUCCUGUGGCCACAGCCGAGGGACGAUCCGGAGGAUCCGCAGAACUGGUCGGAUCGACGCAAGAAUUUCCAGCUUUUCAUCGUCACGCUUGCAGCAGUCGUCCCGGACUUUGACUCCGCCAUUGGCAUCUCGGCACUUUUCCAACUAGCUGAGCGGUUUGACACCACGACCGGUGUGAUCAACGACUUGACAUCAAACUGGAGUAUCUUUCUUCUCGGAUGGGGCAGUGUCUUUGCAGUGAUGAUGAUGCGUCGUUAUGGACGGCUUCCAGUUCUUUUUUGGUCGCAGGUCCUUGCACUUGGCUUUCUCAUUGGAUGUACGUUCGCCCCGAACUUGAAGACAUUCACAGCGAUGCGUUGCUUGACAGCGUUCUUCGGAACGACUCCACAAGUGACGGGUCUCUUUGUUGUCACCGACCUGUUUCCAUUUCACAUGCAGGCCAGGAAGCUUAAUAUCUGGACAAUGGGUUUCAUCAUCUCCCCGUUCCUAGCACCAUUUGCACUGGGAUUUCUGGCCGCUCGUGCAAACUGGCGUUGGACGUACGGCACAGGUUCAUUGUACGGCGCAUUCGUCGUGUUCUUGAUUACCUUCUUCCUCGACGAAACGAUGUAUGACCGUGCUCUCCCAGAGCCACUUCCGUUACCAAGACCGGCGUCUAGACUGCUCUUUCGUCUACAGAAUUUAGUGGGGGUAACCGGAUGGCGGAUGUCGCGGUUCCGAACGCCAUGGAAGCCAGUGAUUCUCGCCUGCGUGAACCUGGCUUGGCGUCCCCAUAUUUUGAGCAUAUUAAUCUUUGAGGCAACGAUCUUCGGUUUCACGGUCGGCGCAAAUACCACGAAUGCCGUGUUUCUGAAAGAAUCUCCACCGGAAGGAUAUGGAUUCAGCGAAUACGCCAUUGCAGGUGCUUACGCCACUCCAAUUGUUGCCGUCUUGCUAGGAGAGCAAAUGGGCCACUAUCUCAACGAUUGGAUUAUGAAUGUAUGCAUACGGCGAAACAAAGGCGUGUUCGAGGCCGAGAUGCGUCUGUGGGCAUGCUACCCUGCAGUUGUACUUUAUGUUGUAGGCUUCGUCGUCUUGGGAGCAUCAAUGGAGCAUCUGAACAUUCCUGGCCUUAUACUCGGCUGGGGGAUUGCUCAGUGUGUUGUCGUAUUCAACACGGUGGCAGUUUACGCGUACUGCAACGAUUGUUUUCCAGAUAGACAGGGCGAGGUCUCUGCGUUGGUCAAUCUCUAUCGCACGCUCGGCGGAUUUAGUGUGGCCUAUUUUCAGGUCCCGUGGGCUACGAAAUACGGAGCCCUGCAGACGUUUGGCGUAGAGGCUGCGGUGGUUGCGGCACUGUUCCUGCUUGUCGUCCCCGCUUUGCAGGUCAAGGGCACAUAUCUCAGGGUGAGUAUUAUGCCUACAAUUGUCUAA